GUCACUGCUUAGUGAAAAUGAAGCUGAACCGGUGAAAGUGGCUGGUUGCGCAGAGAUCUGAAGUCUGUCUGCGGGCCUGUGGGAAGCCCGCACACACCAGCCACCCCCAUCAAUACCUCCCUCAAACCCCCUCACCCGCUCGAGGAGGAGGAGAGGUGUUGUUUUUGUAAGCGAAACACACGUCGUUCAAAAAUCCAAAGCCGAUGGGAGCGCGCGCACCCGUGAAACUGUACACUGCAAGAAAUAUCUGCAACAACAAACACCGCUGCAGCGGGUCGGCUCCAAAACCCCACCGUGAAGAACUUGAUUAUGACCCCCACCUCCCCCGUGCACGAGCACGGGACAAAUAAUAUGGUGAAUUUGUGAGGAUGGGUUAUUUGUUCAUUCAAAAAAACCCCGAUCUGGUCGGGGGGGGAAUGGUUUAUUUAAAAGUGGGAACAAUGCAAAAACAGUCGAUGAAUCCAGGUUUUAUUUGACUUAUUUUUCUGGGAAACGAGCUCGAGCCUCUUAACUGUCAAGAUUUUUUCCAGUGUUCCCUGACUGGCCCAGUAGAAGAGAGAGAGAGAGGGAGAGAGCGGGGAGGGGGGGGUUGGUCCGGGAGAGCAUGGCAGCGGGAGCCACACGGCGCUGCUUUUACUUGCUUCGCACCGCUUCUGGCGCGCUGUCGGUUACGUGGCGGAGCCGCUCGUCGGGGGACAUUUAACCUGAAGACCGCGCGCGUUUCCACGAGAGCUUUGUCAUCUCGUGCUGUUGCUCUUGGUCGCUUGGAUAGGAGAGAUCGGACAGCUGCGGAUUAAGCCGGAGCUGAAGCUGCUGCUUUCAGUGUUUGUCGCUGGAUCCACGGAGAGCCGGAGGAGAGGUCCCGAGCUGGCGAGUGCGGCGACACGGGGACUGAGUGUCUGUCUGCGCUUUUUCUUUUUAAAAUCUCUGCCCUAACAGGAACACUUUGCCUUUUAUCCUUUUAUUCUAACACACACACACACACACACACACACAAACACACACAUAUAUAUAGUAUUCUUCUGUACUGCGUAGAUUGCGCAGGGCUGGCUCCUGUUUUGAACUGUUUCACUGCGAGUUGGAGAAACUGUUCGCUGCGCGGUGCGGAGUUGAGUCGUGGCUGAAGCGGUGGUUUUGUGGCGUCUCUUCACUUAAAGUAGAUCCAAUCGAGGAAAUGAUUUGACUGCUAAAACCCCAAAUCGCUGCUUUUAAAUGAAGAAGACGGCGUUUAAGCUCCAGGUACAGAAGAAAAGAGCUCCAUCUUUAAGGAAAUACAAGUGGACUGUCAUCCACAGAGGCACCACCAGCACACAUCAGAGCCUGUUAACCUGAUUCAACAAAGACUUUCGGCCAAUUUUCAGUUCAUCGGAGUUCCACAGCAAUUAUGCCGCAGGUGGACAUGAUCCUUUUCCUCAUCCUCAUCAUUGGGAUGUGCGUGUACGGCCAGGACCCUGCUUCCAAGGUGGUGUCCGACCGAUACGCCGUCUUCUGGAACAGAACCAACCCCAAAUUCUACCGGGGUGACUACCACAUCGACGUCUGCAUCAAUGACUACCUUGACAUCUACUGUCCGCACUACGUCGGCCCAGUUGCUGAUGAUCGAGCAGAGCGCUACGUCCUCUACAUGGUGAACUACGAUGGCUACAGCUCAUGUGACCACAACUCCAAGGGCUUCAAACGUUGGGAGUGCAACAGGCCUCUGUCGCCAAACGGACCGCUCAAGUUCUCAGAGAAAUUCCAGCUCUUUACGCCCUUCUCCUUAGGCUUUGAGUUCCGCCCGGGCAGAGAGUAUUAUUAUAUCUCCUCCAUCUCUGACGACAGAGGAAGAAGGAGCUGCCUUCGACUCAAAGUCUUCGUCAGGCCUCAGAACAAUUGUGUGAAAAACUCUGGGACCGUGGAAGAAGGAGUCAAUUUUGAUGAUAAUAGUCACAACUCCCUAGAACCUGGAGAUGGCGUCAGUCACGAGUCACCAGAGCCAGCAAGAAGGGAUGUGAACUCCGCUGGUCUUUGCCAAACUUCCGUUCUCCUGCUCAGCUCCACCCUCAUACUCCUGGCUGUCAUCUUGUCUUUAUAGCGGCGAGAUGUAGAAGUCAGGAAUGGACUGUCCUAACUGGACCACAGGCCGCUCUACCCUGCAACCUCUCCCCUCAAGGAGCACUUUUAAAAGAAAAAAUGAAAUAAAAAAAAAAUUAAAACAAAUCACUGACAAUCUCUCAUUACAAAGAGAGAGGAAGGGACUUCGGUGCUGAAGCCUUUGAUGUUUUUUGACUUUGUAAAAUGCCAACUAGUUUGAUUUUUGACUUUCUGGCGAGUGCCGAUGGUCGCGGCGCCCUAAGGUGAAAACGUCUUUUACCUGUUCGCCUCAUUUAAAGUAUGCAGAUAUUACACUCUCUUUCUUUUCUUUUUUUGCAUUUAAAACAAGCACAGAAACAUGCUUUUAAACAUAUAAACACACAGGACACAAUGUCUACACAAUCAGUACACUUUUUAACGCGAAUGGCAAAGAAGCACAGCAGGACCCCUCUGAAGUUUACAGAUGAACUCUGUUUUUUGUUUUUGUUUUUUUUACAUUACAUAACCUCCAACAUGUAACAUGAUUAAAUCUCACUUCAAAGUGGAAGAAGAUCCUGGAGUGGCACAUCGGCAAAAAGGAAAACAAAGAUGCUAUUUGUUGGAGACUGUUGGUACAGGCGUGGAUGUACCGGGCGGGCCUUUGAUGGAUUAACCUCUCUCUCAGGUUAAAAAGGAUGCAUUGUCUCAGACUGUGGAGGACCCUUUAUGAGAGAUUAAAAAAAAAAGAAAAAGUUAAAGAAGCACUCAUCUUUUAGUGUUUGGAUAGGGGGCGAUUUUAAUGGUUGAUUAAUGUAUGUGUUUGUUUUAUUUUUUAAUAAUUCACAUAACUCAAUUGUAGCAGCCAACACGGGUGUACAGUAAAAUAUUUGAACGGAGCGUAGACGUCGAUACGGUCUUUUGCCUGGCAAAAUGUAUUUUUCCUAUUUAUUGUGAAGUCCUUGUGCUUUUUUCUGUUCUGGUUCAGUCUGUAAGUACAGUAGAAAGGCAAUAAAAAACAAACACCCGUACCCGUUAAGUUAGUUUAUAUUACCCACAGUUCAUUUGAUACUAUUAAAGAAAAAAAAACAACAACACAGUUUUACGUAUCUGUUUGGACUGCUCGCUGAUGAUGGUUUUUAAUUGUUUUUAACAAAGUCCGGGAAGAAGAGGGGAAAAAAAAAAAGUCUGAUGUGCUAUCAGGGUGUAGAAAUAGUAGAAUAUUUGUGUUUGAAAUGUCAUUAAUGAAUGUCACAAAUGUAGUUUUACUGUUACACUAUUGUUUUUGUGAAUCACUGUCAUAACACAAACUAUUGUAAAUAGAAGGCAAAGUUCCUACAAAGUUCAGGGAUGUGUUCAUGCCUAACAUGAGGUCCAUUUUUUCUUUGUUUCUAAAUCAGGGAGAAUUCUCUUCCCUAAAAUAAAGUAGAAAUUUUAUGUGGCGAAAAAGUUUCAGUGAGACGGUGAGCGAGUUACAAAGCAGGUGGAAGAAGUGUGCGUAGGAUGGUCGGGACUGUGAUUCAUUUACCCUCUUUGAUGUCGUGUAAAGUGGCGUCUGUACAGAAAAUACACCGGGGGCACCCUCGUACCAGGUAUUUCUGGAAUGAAAAAAAUCGACCACCAGGGGAGACGUUAUAAACAGGAGGCGGUGUCCUGUUCUCUUGGGGCAAACUGAAACUGACCUGAGAGAAGGGGGGAAAGAGACGAAGAGGCUGAGAUGUGAAGCACUGUAGUGCCCCUGCUGAGAUCAAUAAUGCUCUUCUAUUUUCUCCUCAUGCGACAGGAACAUGUGGUAAACAGAUCCUACCGUCACAUUCACUCAGCGCCAAAUAACAUAGCCUUGCUAAUGUCACUGCUAAAGAACAACACCUGUGCUGCCUGCUUGUUGGAAGCACGGGAGUGUUAGGGCCACUUUGGGUUAAAAUAAGUUAGGGAAAGAAACUGAAGUUUUGGUAAGAAAAGAGUAAAAGAUAGUAAUUACAUUGCAUAUUUUUUAGGUUCAAAGUUGCAAAUAAAAGAGAAUUUAAUCAUUUUAUGAGAAACAGUAUGAUGUAUGUAAGCUACUUUCUAAGAACAAGGGUCGUUUUACAAGUAACUAUAUGAGUGCACACUUAGUUGAAAUCUUAAGAUUACAACAUAAGAUCAAAACUUAAAAUUUAAAAAUAGUCAUAGUGGGUCAUGUAUUGUAACAAUUCACUAGUAUGAAAGUAACUGUUUUAUUCCCCAUAUAAUGUAUUAUAUGUAUUGCAACUUUUUCCCCUUAAAUGAACAAUUGAACCUAAACUCAAAUGCUAAAUAUGCUAAAUAUGCAUUCUGGCCCCUGGCAAAGGAAACUAAAUGGAAAAUGGAAAGGCUUGCAUAGAUUAAGUGUAUUUUUUAUAACUUUUACAGCUUUUUCUAUUGAUAAAGACCCCCCCACCACCACCACCACCACACACACACAAACACGCACACACACACACACACACUAUAACAUACAAACAUAGACAAUAAAUAUAAAUGACAGAAAAGUUCCUGUUUUCCACCAACUACUUUAAAAAUUUCCUUUUUUGUCCAGUCCACAGUAAAAGAAAAAACAAAGACAUUUUCUAUUAAUUAACAAAAACUUUUUCAAUAAUUUUAGACAUUUAAUGUAGUUUCACUGGUUCACCCCACUUGAUGUCCCUGGCUUAGAGAUAGACUGUAGAGAUUUCUCUUGAAUAUAAUGGAACUAAACUAUGUUAGGCUUGUUAUCCUCAAAAGGCACCAAAAAUAUACAUUUAAAAAACUUGGCAGAAAUUCUUUACAAACCUUCUUUUGAGCAGGAACUAUUUUUCCAAAUUACAAUAGUCAGUUAAAGAAGUCAUGCAGUUAGCUAACAUCAGAUUCAUCUGAGGCAGGCGUGCCAAGACGUCAUUUGCUUGCUAGGUGGUGUUCGUAGAAAGAAAAUACUUCUUGCAUAAAGUUUUUAUUAAAUAACCAGAAAGAGAUACCUCUGGAGGUUUUCAAACAUAUAUUUUUGGGACUUUUGUUUUAGUUCUGUUAUAGAUAUGUGUAUCACUAAUAUGUCGAAAAAGUUGGGCGACUGGGGUAAUGAUUUCAGUCUACAUGGAUAAGUAGUGUAAGUAGUUAAAGCUGGCCCUAACACUCCAUCAUAGUGCAGGACACCUGUGGCAUAGAAGAAAAACAACAGUGUGUAACUUAUUGCAUAGUUUAUAAGUUGCUCCCGAAGAGCAAAGACAAGACCAAAAAAAAUUAUAGCUUUGAGUUUUUAAUUUGAUCCUCUGUGCCUGGCAGAUACAAGGACCACUCUUUCACAAUGGCUGGUAAACUGAAGCUGAUGUUUAAAACUGGUGGAGUGUCCCUUAAUUUAUAACUUGUUUAAUUUAUAAUUACUUCCUCAAAUUUUCAAUAUAGUGCAUUGGGUUUUUUUCAUUUAAUUCUGUGAAAUUAUCACCUCUCCUCAGGGACACAAAGGGAAGAAGAUGGGGGAUUUUUCUGAUAAAGCAUAAAUUUGUUACUUUACAUAAAAUUUGCAUUAAAUAAUCUCAAACUAGGCUAUUUGCCCCCUUUACCAUUGGCAUGCUUCACAUCCUAAACAAAAAGUUCAUUUAAUGGGGACCUAUUGUGCUCAUUUUUAACUUUCUUCUGAUUGGCUGCCCCUUACAACCGAGUUUGAAACCUGGGGCUUCUGUGCUAAGACAACCAUAUUAGGGUUAUCCACCCUCUAUGAUAUACAGAACCAAAAGAGGAAAAACUUGUCUGAAACAUAGUGUUUAGGGCAAUCCGAAGCCUGAGCUUUGGCCUCAUGUGGAUUACUUGUACAUACUUGCGUCAUUAUUUGAAUCUUUAGCCAUGCUUAACAUGAGCACCCAACAUUGUAAUAGUGUAUAUGCAUGACAGAAAUUAAGAAAAAGCAUAUUAGGUCCUAUUAAAAACUAAGCUAAGAACUUGAGACAGACAAGAAUAGAGUGUAAAAGCAUUAUUUUCAGGAGAAUCAGGAAAUUAAUAGUUUGAGGUGAAAGGUUAUUAAUAUAGCGGCACAAGAAAGUACGCUGCGCAUCUGAAUUAGUUAACAGAUUUCUUUUCUGUCAUUUUUUCAAGAGCUUAGUAAGAUUUAAAUAACGUUUUCCUCCUAACACAGCUUGGCCACUCGCCUCUCCAUGAACAUCAGUCCUGUUUUUUAAGCCUGGCCAACAUUAAAAGUCCACUAUCAUUGAAAUUAUCGCCUCCAGCCACACCACGUUGAGAAACCCCCCCAAAACAAUCUGUUUGUUUUGUGGAUACUGUGUAUCCAACAGUUAGCGUGUUAUAACACACAGUGUUAGAUACUCUUUUUUUCUCGUCCCACACCUCUUUUAAAGGGCGAUUUAACUGACAUAUUAACGUUCUUAGGAAGAAAAAUGUUUGAUACAAAAAAAUGCAAACUUUCAUUUUAUAUGUCUUUUAUACGAAGCAAGAAAAACAAACAAACAAGGAUCAUCAUUGCACCCACUAUCUGUAAAAUAUGUUUGUGCAAAUGUGGCACAUAUCAAACAUGCAAUACGGUUACAAUCAUGACUCAGAUGGCCUGACGAGAGAACUAAUGGAUGUCCGAGAGCUCGAAAAAUUUGUGUUUCCUUUUGUUUUCUUAAACCACUCUUGAUUUUUUUUUUUUUUUUUUUUUAACUGUUGCAUCCAAAGUGUCUUUAAAGGUGCAGGAUGUUCUUUAUUUCCGUUUGCUUAUCUACACCUCCAGCUGUUUCUGAGAUGUAACAACAAUAAUCGGUGUAAAAGCUCAAUGUGUUAGUGGCAGAAGAAGACUGAUGUUUCAUGUGUUUUUGAGCAAACUGUGCUGCAAGGAGGGCGGGUAACGCGCUCUAACCUGAUUCUGUUAUAAUGUAGCUUCAAGCUAACACCACUGUUUCUGUUUGCAGCAUCUGUUUCCCAUCCUCUGUAUCUGAAAUACAGAUGUGUGCUUUUUUUCUUCUGCAGGUCCAUCUAGCAGUGGGAAGCUUUUUGUUAGCCACAACUGUGUUUUCCCCUCCCCCAAGUAGACGUGGAUGUGCCACCAAACUUUCUUUAAAACAUUGUAGUAACUGUACCUUGUGCCUAUACGAGUCCCAUCCUCUCCUGUACUCAUCUAAACUAUUCUAAUGUCUGUUUCCUGCUCAGUCCUUCACUAGAUUUUUCUACAAAACUACAAAAAAAAAAGGCAAUUUCUUUGUAAAUACACGUGUUGGAGCAGCUAUGACUAACUAAAAAAAGAUUUAAUAAAUAUUUCUUUGUCGUUGUAA